CUGUCAUGAAGUAGAACAGCUGGGGAUUUAAAGGGACUGGACUGCGUGCCCACGAUCACACUACACUGAGGUCAAGCCUCUGGGAGGCAGGAGAGAGUGGUCAGGAUGGCAGGUGUUGGGGCAAGUGCCCCUGCAAACCCUGCCUGUAAAAUCAUGACCUUCAGACCCACCAUGGAGGAGUUUAAGGAUUUCAACCAGUACCUGGUUUAUAUGGAGUCUCAGGGAGCUCAUCGUGCUGGUCUGGCCAAGGUAAUUCCACCCAAGGGCUGGAAGCCACGUCGCAAUUAUGAUGAUAUUGAUGAUUUUGUUAUUCAAGCACCUAUUCAGCAGAUGGUAGCUGGCCAAUCAGGACUCUUCACCCAGUACAACAUCCAGAAGAAGCCGCUCACUGUGCAAGAAUUCCGCAGACUGGCUAACAGUGACAUGUACUGUACACCGCGCUAUCUGAACUAUGAAGACCUGGAGAGGAAGUAUUGGAAGAAUCUGACAUUCGUCUCGCCCAUAUAUGGUGCUGAUGUGAGCGGCACACUCUAUGAUGAGGACAUUGAAGAGUGGAACAUUGGCCACUUGAAUUCAGUCUUGGACGUGAUCGAGGAGGACUGCGGUGUGUCCAUCCAGGGAGUAAACACACCCUAUCUCUACUUUGGGAUGUGGAAAACCAGCUUUUCCUGGCACACAGAGGAUAUGGACCUCUACAGCAUUAACUACCUGCACUUUGGCGAACCCAAAUCCUGGUAUGCCAUCCCUCCAGAACAUGGAAAGAGACUUGAGCGGCUUGCUAUAGGUUUCUUUCCAAACAGCUUUAAAAGCUGUGAGGCGUUCCUGAGACACAAGAUGACACUGAUAUCCCCCUCUGUACUCAAGAAAUACAGCAUACCAUUUGAUAAGAUAACACAGGAAGCGGGAGAGUUUAUGAUCACAUUUCCUUAUGGUUACCACGCUGGCUUUAACCACGGCUUCAACUGUGCUGAAUCCACCAAUUUCGCCAGUAUCCGGUGGAUAGAUUAUGGAAAACUGGCUACGCAGUGUACAUGCAGUAAGGAUAUGGUGAAGAUCUCCAUGGAUCCAUUUGUUAGACGAUUUCAGCCGGAUCGAUACGAGAUGUGGACGCAAGGCAAAGAUUCAUGCUCCCUGGAUCACACUCUGCCUACACCAAGCACUACACCAGAGCUGCAGAGCUGGCUUCAGAGACGGCGAAGGAAAACACCCUCCACCAGUCUCCAUGCGCCUCGUUCAUGCUCCAAACGACUGAAGACGGUGGACUCUGCACCGGUAAAGGGAAGCGGUCGAAGGAGUAGAUCAGCAGCCUUAACUGCUAAAAACAAGGAAGAGGAAGAGGAAGACCCAGUGAAACACCAGAAAGAAUCACAGUACUCAAGUGAAUUAAAAGGGCUUGCUGGUCGACAAAUGUGUGUUGUUAAAGUAACAAGAGUGGAGAGCGACUUGCUGGCACAGUCUACAAGACAAGUCAAAGAAGCUUCCCCUGAGCGACUCUUGACCCCUACUCUCACCACCACAUCCAGCCAAAAUGACCCUGAUGCGGGCCACACAAGCUCCCAGACGUCUUUAAUAUUGGAUGAAGGACAAGUAUCCAAAAACACAAACUCCACCGCCCAGUCUGAGCCUGAAUCAACCUCAGAGAGUGACAUCAUUGUGGAUGUGACUCUAGGCUCAGAAAGAACUGCUGAGAAUCCUAAUCAAACAUUAAACUGUGAAUCUGUCUCAGAAACCAUUGCACCUUCUAUUCCUGUGACCCAUUCACUUACACUCCACUCCACUGGUGCUACAGUUUUAUUUUCGGAAAGUGAUUCCCAACAAGCUAAAAUUGAAACGGAAGAGACAGUCAUUGAUACCUUGACCGAGGACAGCAUCGAUUGCGGCACGUCAGCACUUUACAAGGAGCAAAGCUCAAUCAGUCUAGACCCUGCUCUUCAGGGUUCAGAACCUUCCAUGAAUAGAACAAACUCUGAAAUCCAAACUACGCCAUUUUGUGAAAUGCCUCUUCUAAUGCCCGAGCUCAUUGAAGAGAGAGUCAAUCCUCAGUGUCUCGCACCUGAAAUGCCCUCGCUGACUCUCGCUAUCCGACCGGACUCCGCAAAUCAUCAACCUUACAACAGUGCACCCAUCCUCCAUUUGGAAAAAUCACACUCACCUCCUGUUAUAACGGAUGAAGUGAGAGGUUGUUCUGAAAGAGUUUGUCCGGAUUGGCCCUUUAUUUUACCAAAAGAAGGUGUGAGCCAAUCACAUAAGUCAAUCUCAGACAGCUUCAAAGCAAAACCAACAUCUGCUUCCUUUGCUCCACAAUGGGGGACGCCAGAGGAGUCCAAACAAGAAGGAAAUAUACACAAAUGCACAUCAACAGACCAGACCACUCAACAUGAAUCCGUUUCGAACUGUACAACCCCUACUCGCAGUAUUUUGCAAAGUUCUGCAACAACACGCAUGGAUUUUAUAGACUCUAAAAUGAUUGAAGGAGUGGGCAAAGAAACUUCUCGAUGUAUCGAAGAGCAGUCCAGCUCUCUCACGUCCUCCCAGAGCAACUUUGCAGAAUCCAAACCCUUCACAAUUUGGAAAAACCUCAGCUCCGAUAACCCUGCGGUGCUCAUCGAGAGUUUGCAGCCCGAGUUGGUAGUAGGUCUUACCGCAGACUAUGCCCAUGAUUCGUUACCGUACACCAUGUGGUCAGAGUCAGGGUGCCAACAAGAAAAGUUCUCAGAUUCUCCAAACUCUUCACCUCACACCCAGACCUGGACCAACCUGGAGCCCAUUCCCAUGCAGUGUUCUGAUACAGAAGUGUCUGAAAACGCACCCUUAGAUCUUAAGCAGGAGAACGAGGAGGUGGAACCGGCUGAAUCGUGCGAGCUGAAUGAGCAGGCGGGCUCUCAGGAACCUCAGGAAAGAGAGUUUAAAAUUCAGGAGUAUUACAGAAGUGUGAAAUCAGAACACGAUGGGUCUGUGAGCGACUCCGAUUCGUGUGAAUCAGGAGAUAAGGGUGCUGACAGCAGCAGUGAAUCCAGUGAGGAGAACCCCAUGAGUGAUCCAGAGUAUGUGGAAACGGGUCUGGAACCAGGGGAAGUCUGUACAUAUCAUAUGCAAACGGUUAAGAAGACUGCCAAGAGUUGGCGUCACCCCCUCAGAAAACCCACAGCGAGAGCAGUGCCCAGUGCUGUCAAACAGCAGGCUGCCAGCGAUGAUGAGGUUAUAGAGGAGUGUGCGAGUGAAGAAGAUGAGCCAGAAACUGAGGAAUGGGCAAAACCAUUAGUGCAUCUCUGGCAACACAGAAAAGCCCAUUUUCAGUAUGAACGAGAAUACAACAUGACCGCUGCAAAAAACGCUCCACACUGUGCUGUCUGCACACUUUUCAUGCCAUACCAUCAGCCUGAGAACUUGGAGGAGAGAAGGCCUGAGGUGUCAAUGGGGUCAUGUUCCCUGGACGCAGGCUCAAGAUCACGACCUCUGAUCCCUGAAAUCUGCUUUGCGUACCAGGAGGGUCCAUGCCCGUUGAACACACUACUGGAGGAAGAUGGAUCCAGCCCUCUUGUGGUCUGCAGCAGCUGCUGUGUUCAAGUUCAUGCCAGUUGCUAUGGUGUUUCUGCUCAGGAUGUUGGCCCAGUGUGGACUUGUGACCGGUGUGUGAGUGAAGAUCUGGCAGCUGGAUGUUGUUUGUGCAACCUGAGGGGAGGUGCAUUAAAAAGAACCUCAGAUGACAGAUGGGUCCAUGUCAUGUGUGCGGUGGGGCUCCCUGAGGUGAAGUUCAUUGAUGUGGUGAAAAGAGCUCCUAUUGACAUCAGUGCCGUACCUGUACAGAGAUAUAAACUUAAGUGUAUUUAUUGCCGUAACAGGAUAAAACGGCUGUCUGGAGCUUGUAUUCAGUGCUCGUGUGGCCGUUGCCCGACCUCGUUCCAUGUCACCUGUGCUCAUGCAGCUGGAGUGCCCAUGGAGCCUGAUGAUUGGCCGUAUGUGGUCUUCAUCACCUGUCACAGACACCAGUCACGGAGCUCCAGUGCUAAAGUAAAAGUUAGCAAAAGCGAAUUAGAAGUGGGCCAGACGGUGAUCUCCAAACACAAAAACCUCCGGUACUACAGCUCACGUAUUACUCAGGUCACGGCCCAGACAUUUUACGAGGUCAUGUUCGAUGACGGCUCCUUCAGCAAUGAUACAUUCCCUGAAGACAUUGUGAGCAGAGACUGUGCUUUGCUUGGCCCUCCUGAAGUUGGGGAGACAGUUCAGGUGAAGUGGCCUGAUGGACUUUUAUAUGGAGCCAAAUAUCUUGGCUCGAACACUUCAUAUAUGUAUCAGGUGGAGUUUGAAGAUGGAUCCCAAGUAUUGGCAAAGCGAGAGGACAUUUACACACUCAAUGAAGACCUGCCCAAAAAAGUCAAAGGUCGUUUGUCCACGGCAUCCAGCAUGCGUUUCCAGGAUGCAUUCUUCACCACACAAGGUGAAAGGAAAAGACGACGCACACCGAAUUCUCGAUUCCAGACGGAUUACAUUGCCCAUAUCAGUCCUCGAACCUUUGCCAGGUUGUCAGAAACCCGCAGUAAAGCCAACUAAUGGAGUUAAAAGAGCCCUUAAAUAAGAAAAGGAGCUGCUUUCAAUUAUGUUUGAAGAUUGUACAUCACUGAGAUCAGGAUUUUUCAAAGCGGCAAAAGUGGUCUCAUAUGUCAGGGACAAGAAUGUUUUUCUAAAUUAGAAGUUUUCCUGUUAUAUUUCAGAGGUUUUUUCUAGCCUCGAAUGGUAUUCUGUAGCAUCGUACUCUUGUCAUUUCCUUUCAUCACUGCUGAGACUAAUUUUACCCGCAUGCUUUUUUUUUGUAAAUGAUUUGUCGUGUACCGUCAUGCACCAUUCCUAGUCACUGAUGUUAUUAGUGUUGAGCUUACAAUUGUAUAAAUAAAAAAAAUGCUACUGAUGUCCGGCAAAGCACAUGUCACCUUUUACUUAAAAUAUUGAUCUCUGUAUUCAUUUGGCAUUCUUUCUUUUCUAUGUGGUGCUGCUGAAAAAAUAAAUAAAUAAAGAAGUGUUUGCUUUGUGA